AUGGCGCCGCCGCCGCGGAUCUUGCUCUCCUAUGUCCGCCGCCAUUCCCUCAAAUGCCCUCCGCUCCAAUCCUCCCGCCACCUCCUCUAUUCCCCUCAAUCUCCCCGAUCUACUUCAAUCUCUGCGAUUCAAGACGUGGAGAAUGCCGCUGCAAGCUCUUCUGGUCUCGCUCCGCUGCUCGGUUUGGUGAGGUCUCUCUCGUCUUCUGGCCCGAUCAAACCCAUCUCCUACCCCGUCAAACUGAGGGACGAGGAGGAUGCUCCUCCGCCUCCGGAGUCUUUUCCUGCACCGCCGAAGGGAUCGGAUGAAACGAAUGAUCCUCAGGCGGAGGCGCCCCGCACGGAAGAAAGGAUCGUCCGGGCGUGGACCCGCGAGGAUGCCCGCUACGUGAAGGAUGUUCCGGUUAUAUCGCCCGUCUCUUAUGCGCCGAAAGUUGCGCCGCUGCCAGAGGACAAGGGUGCCCAUUCAAUGGCGGAAGGGGAGAGUAUCACCGAGGGAGACGAGCAGCUGCAGACCAGGAGAGUCAGUGACGAGCAACUGCAACGAGAAUCGAGGAGGAUUGAGGCUAGUGCUCGCCUGCGGAGGGCUCUCUUGAUCCAGCAGGAGGAAGAUAACGUCCCGUUCCCGACGCUGAUCAAGCCGGAGAAGAAUAAACCGAAGGCGGCUCUCGACCUCCAGGAGGCUAUCAGGGAAGUGAAGGUCGAGCUCUCUUUACUCUCCUCCUCGUUACCGUCGUGGAACAUGUAUAUCCUAAAUUUUCUUCGGCCAUCAGAAAGUGGUCAUUCUAAACGAAAGUAGCUGGGAAAUCGACGAAGACCUAUUGUUAAGUGUCUGCACUGUUGGCCUUGGUGGUUUUUUGUACUCGUCGAUAAUUCCGCCGUUUCUUCAGUCUGAUGCUGCUUUCAUGUUCAUCUUCAGAAAUAUCCGACUGCUUUCACAAUAUUCUUUCGCAUAUUUGCGGUGUAAAAUAUUUUUCUUAAAUGUUUAUUCCUAUCCUUUUUCUACCUCACAUUUUGGAAUGUUCAGGUGAUCAUUUUUUUUGGUUAUUGCAAGUAUUUCUCAGGCUAACGCGAAGAGGAAUUUCGUUGAAACCGUUGAGGCUCAUGUUAACUUGGGAGUUGAUCCACGACGAGGUGACCAGGUCUAAUUAUUUCCUUGAGUUCUUUCUUUACUCGUUGGAACUAAGGAUUCCUGUUGAAAAAUUAAAUAAUGUUUGUGCCCCUUAACCACAUGAUAUUGUGGUAAAUAGGGAACAACUCUCAUAUUAUUCACAUACAACCGUACUUUUAUUUUUAUCACCUUGAUUAUGGAAAAUGGAUAUAUUUUUAUCUUCACAUGAAUUUACUUUUUAAAUUUUUUUGUUGCAUUUCAGUAUUCUGGGUGUUGCAUAUUAUAUCUAUUGAUUUGCUUUUGGUUCAGAAUCCAGUAGUACCCAUUGGUUAUUUCCAUGGAAGAAUGGAAGUACACGCUCAUUUUGGCGGGUCACUGUAACCCUAAACUUGUUAUCUUGUCUGGUAGUGUUAUGUUUCUGAUACGUCGUGUAGUUUUUUGUGUACUAGUUUUGGGGAAGAAAUGCGGUGGCUUUGCUAGAAAAUUUGCUAGUACUAAUAAGAGGGUCCUAAUGCCAGGUGGUGAAAGGCAGAUUCUCCUGUAUAGUUGUCAGUCACAACCAAUGACUUGAAAACAGAACUGUGAAUGCUAUAGCUGGUUCUUUAUGUGACCAGUGUUAGAAAAAUAAACCAAGGCCUUUUUCAGCUAGUUCUCCCAAAUUCCUGGACGAGAGUCCAAAAUUGGUCGAACCAUGGAAAUCGGAGCAACUAUAUGCUUGGAUGUGGGUGCGACUUCUGAUCCACUUGGUCGUAACAGUGGUCCGCACUAUUCAACACUUUAACCUUCAUAUAAAAGUGGGUGCAAAUAAUGAAUUAGAGGAUUUCUUUGAUAACACUUGGUUAGUAAAAGAUGAUUUUUUUACGCCUGAGUUGAAUAUUUCAUAGCCUCCACGUUGUAUCCGUUGAUUUCAGCUAACAGACCGAUCUAUUCUGCGGAUUGGUGUUGUUCAUGGUCGAGACCGAUGUAUAAAGGCAAACUAUCCUAUUGAUUCUUAUGAUCUUUACUUGUUUGGUUCGUAUUUCGCCUUUAGAUUUAUUUUUUUGCCAUUCGUUCUCUAAAAGCAAUAUCUUAUCAAAGUUCAAUAAUACCUGUUCGAUUUCACCAUAGAGAUUGGAAUGAAGAUCUGGGCAUCUGGUAUCUGCAAAGAAUCAUAAGCGGGUGUCAGGUGCUUUAUAACUUAGGAACUGAAUUGCUUUGGAUAUAAGUUGUUGAGACCUGUAGGAUAUAAUUACCAGACUCUCAUUAUAAACAUAACAAUGUUUUUGGUUGAGCAAAUAUGCUUCCAUGCACUUACCACAAAAAAAAGCGCAAAGAGAAAGAUUAUUAGGUUGAAUGAUUUCUUGAUCCUUCUACAGAACUUUCUCUAAUCGAAGAUGUCUGCUAUUUUACUGGCUUCUAAGCAUUCCAUUGCUCUUAUUUUUCUAGCUAUUAUUUACUUUGUUUCAUGACAUUGCAAUUUUUUCUACAGAUGGUGCGUGGAGCUGUUACUCUACCGCAUGGCACUGGAAAGGUACUAUGUUUUAUUCAAUGCCACUGACUGGUUUUACCCAUAUAAUUUGAUCUUUAAAACGAGCUACUGUUUAUUUAGGUUGUCAGAGUAGCCGUGUUUGCAGAAGGGCCUGCAGCAGAGGAAGCUAGAGCCGCUGGAGCUGAUAUUGUUGGCGGGGACGAGCUCAUCGAGGCCAUCAUGACAGGUACUUAGAUCUGUUUCGCCAUAAUAACCCUAUAAAUAUUUUGUUCCUAUGAAGAAGUUCCGAAAUCUAGGGUUCUAAGUUAUAUAUAAUUCAUGGGUUUUAAUCUAGUCUCUGUGUCUGGGAAUGCAGGAGGUGGCAAAAUCAAUUUCGACAAGUGCAUUGCCAUUCCUUCCUUCAUGCCUCGUCUUGGAAAGGUUCGGCUCUCUCUCUCUCUCUCAUAUUUCAUAUUUAUAUUGCAUGUUAAUUCGCUAAAUGCUACCAAUUUAAUGCUAUUUAUAUGUGUUUUAUUCAUGAAUAUUGGUAUGGGUUUGGACAACUUGCGACUUAUUGUGGAUUGCAUCUGUGUUACCAGAUCGCUAGGAUUUUGGGUCCCCGUGGUUUGAUGCCCAACCCGAAAGUAUGCUCUCCCCAUCAUCUUCGCCGGUCUAGAUUUCGGAUCAUUGCUUUACCUUGUUUUCAUUUCCUAUCCUUACUCUGCGUAGCUAGGAUCUGUGACCAGUGACGUCUCUGGGGCAGUCAAAGCGGCCAAAUGUGGACGCGUUGACUUUAAGAUUGACAAAACUGCUAUUAUACAUGUGGGACUGGGCAAGGUACGUAUAAUCAUUAUCUUUCUUCAAUUCAAAAGUACAAAUAUAAAUAAUAUAAAUAAUAUAAAUUAUAUAUAUAUUUGUGUUAUUUUCCUUUUGUGGGCAUAUUCAUGCAUGUGCUACAUACUUUACCCCCAAAAAAGUUUCUCCUAAAAAGUUUUCAAGCUUCUCAUUCGUGAUUAUUGGGUAAAACAUUGAGGAGAUGGCCAUUUUGUGCAAGGUUAAGGUCUGAAAUGAAUGUGCAACUAUAUUAUGUAUGCAUAUUAUUACAUGGAUUUCUUCAAUUCGGAUACUCAUUUUUUUAUGUAAUUAAUAUCUCUCAAAAACUCAAUCUGGAUAUUUUGGCAAACUGCUAAUUGCAUUCAAGAAGCCCCCUAGCUUUCAAAGGGUUUAUACAUUUAUAUAUAUAUAUAUAUAUAUAUAUAUAUAUAGUUAUCUUUCUGAUGGGGUAUUCAUCAUCAUUAACAGGUGAGCUUCUCCGAGGAGGCUCUGCGUGAGAACAUAGCGGCUUUUGUCAAUGCGCUCCUGCUUGCAAAACCAGUGGGACUAAAGAAGAGUAAGUUUCGUAGUUACUAGUAAAAAAAUAUACCUGUUUCCUAACAGUUAGUGAUCGAUUGUGUCUAAUUUAUGUAAUUUUAUUCAACAUGCAUAAAAAUCACCUUCAAAAUCAUGAUCAUUCAUGCGCAUUAAAUAAAAUCCAAUCGCUAUCUCAGAAAGCAUUCUACAAAGUCCUUUUAAGGGUUUAAAGCAAAAAUUACUCGAAAAUUUCAAUGCCCUUCGGUGAACCCAACCUGAAUAUGCUGAGAUGACCUCCUUUUCUUCGUUUUCUAAUGGUGCAGCUUCCAAAUAUGCUGGUUAUAUGAACUCCUUCUCACUGUGCAGUACGGUGAGCGUAAAAAUCCAUGCAACUAUGGUGGUUUUCCAUGAAUUAUCAUAGGAUGAGACCGCACCAUUUUCUAAUCACGCUCCUCUUGAUGUUUCUGUAGAUGGGUCCUGGAUUUCCUGUGUCUAUACAGUCGAUAUCAGCCGCUGCAGAUAGCUACACCAAGGUUCAAGGGAAAUAA